CGAUCCGUAGUCGCGCUGAACCCGGAAGUCUCUACUUGGAAUUGUAUCUCUUUUUUUAACUACUUUUUUUUUUUUUUUUUUAAAUUGACUUUUGUAACGACUGAGUAAACAGUUCGCGUCGCACUGCCGUGAAGGAGUACGCAAGGGUUUCUAAAACUCGGUGCAUUAUUUUAGUUUUCCAACGUGCAACUUCCUAACACCACACACAGCCCUGUGUGCGAGCUGAGAGUUUGACUUGACUGAGGCAUCCAGUCUGACUCGUGAAUUUUCUGUGUUGUUGGAAAUGAAACAUGUCAUAGGUAUAUUCUGGACAUGACGUUUAGUCAGCUAGUGGCUAAUUAAUUGUCUCUUUUGGCUAAAUUAGAUGACGACAGAACGCUUUUCUUGUCUGUCAGAAAAAAAGGAACCGUUUUGACAGGUCUUUAAAAUGAAGGUCCGGUCGUCGGUGUUCGCCUCCCUCUGCCUCCUCUUGGAAGUUUGUGGCAUCGCCCUGUUCCUCAGAGGCUUUUUCCCGGUGCCCGUCAAGUCCUCCUUCACGUCCAAAAGUAAACUGUCCGAUCUACCGGCAGAGCCUUUAUCAUCAGGAAAUGGGCCCAAUACGUCCAAGGUCCCGCCACCAUUGUUUAAGCGGGUCGUGAUUGUGCUGAUCGAUGCUCUGCGAGAGGACUUCGUGUUUGGCACCAAGGGACGCCAGUUCAUGCCUUACACCCGUCAUGUCAUCGAGCGAGGAUCAUCACUGAGCUUUAUGGCCAGAGUGAGGCCUCCCACUGUCACAAUGCCUCGCAUUAAGGCCUUGACAACGGGCAGCAUCCCAGGCUUCAUCGAUGUCGUAAUAAACCUCAACUCUCAGGCUCUGCUGGAGGACAGCCUCAUCUGGCAGGCCAAGGCGGCGGGGAAGAGGAUCAUCUUCUACGGGGACGACACGUGGGUGCGCCUCUUCCCCAAGCACUUCGUGGAGUACGAUGGCACCACAUCCUUCUUCGUGUCUGACUACACCGAGGUGGACAACAAUGUGACCCGUCACCUAGACAGCACCCUGAAGCGGGACGACUGGGACAUGCUGAUCCUGCACUACCUGGGUCUGGACCACAUCGGGCACCUGAGUGGUCCUCACAGCUCGCUGGUGGGGCCCAAGCUCAUCGAGAUGGAUGAUGUCCUCAAGAAGAUCCACGCCUCUCUCAUCUCCAAGGAGACAGAAGGGUCUCUGCCCAACCUGCUGGUGCUGUGUGGAGAUCACGGUAUGUCAGAGACUGGGAGCCACGGAGGCUCAUCGGACCCCGAAGUCAGAACCCCGCUGGUGCUGAUCAGUCCGGCUUUCAAAAGGAAAACUGGCAUGGAGAAACCAAGCACGGUGGAGCAGGUGGACCUGGCACCCACAUUGGCCUUGGCUCUGGGUCUCCCCAUCUCCCAGAACAGUGUGGGCAUCCUCAUCCCGCCCGUCUUUCAGGAGACGUCCCUACGCGAACAGCUCCGCUUCCUGCAUCUCAACGGCUUCCAGCUCAGCUGCCUGCUCAAGGACAGCAUGGCAGGAUAUGAGAAGGAGGAAGGCUAUGAACAGUUUCGUGUGGCAGAGAAGUCCCACGGCAACUGGAUGAAGCUGUACCUGGAAGGGAAUGCCUCGGAGGUGCUGAGCAAUAUGGGGAAGAAGGUCCUGAAGCAGUAUCUGGAUGCCCUGAAAGCCAUGAGCUCAGCCCUCAGCAGACAGCUGGGGAAGUACGACAUGUACUCCAUGGUGGUGGGGAUGAUCCUCAUCUUCCAGGUGCUCCUGUUGCUCCUGCUGGCCACGCCAGAGGCGCUGAGCGGUGGUGCCAGGGUGGAGCUUCCCCUUGGCUCUGCCCUGCUCUCCCUUCCUUUCUACCUGCUGUGCCUCCUGUGCACCUCUGUUCACAUGCUGGUGUGCACCUCCACCGAGAACUCCUGCUACCUGUGUGGCCUGCCCUGGAGCUUUGCUGUGGCUGCCAUCGUCGUCGUCUCUGCCACACUGUGCCUCCUCGUCACCAUGGCUGUCCAGAGGUUGGUUCCCGAGGGGCGACCCACCUCCAAGGCUCAGAGCUCCAGUGACCCCAGCAGCUUCUCAGAGCUGGACAUCCUGCUCCUAACAGGGACCCUGGGACACUUGUUUAGCCUGGGUGCCAGCAGCUUCAUCGAGGAAGAGCACCAAAGCUGGUACUUCCUGCUCAGCACUCUCUGCCUGGCCAUCUUCCAGGACGUUUGUCGCACGUAUUUCAGCGAGCGGAGGGGCCCCGCAGAUGAGCUAUGUCAUCCGCACCCCAGGGAGGUCGCCCCCUCCAAGAAAUGGCUGGCCCUGGCCACACCCCUGCUGACGCUGGCCUGCUGUCGCUUCCUCCGCUCCCUCAACCAGACAGGAGUGCAGUGGGCUCACCUGCCCGACCUGGGCCACUGGCUCACCAGUGCGGAGCACAAGGUGGCGCUUUCCUUACUCUCAGCCUCCUCAUUGGCACUCAUCUUGAUCUUGGUCCAGCAUCGCUGUUCCCUGGUAUCCAAGAUCGCCCUGGCCCUUGGCCUACUGGGAGUUUACAGUUACCGGGCAGCUGUGGGCAACGUGCUGUUCCCAUGGCAACACAACCUCCGUGACCUCUCAAAGGGGACGGUUGAGGCGCGCUUUGUGUACGUCUUCGUGCUGGGCAUCCUUUUCAGCGGCGCCAAGGACCUUCUGAGGUCGCAGGUGGUCACGGCAGAUGUGCGGCUCAAGGCCCGGGGCUUGUGGGAGGUGUACAGCGGCCUGGUGCUUUUAGCCUCCCUCCUCUUUCGACCCCACAACCUUCCGGUGCUGUCCUGCAGCCUGCUGAUCCAGACAGCCAUGAGGCAGUUCAUCUGGUGGGAGCAGCAUUACGACGCAGCCCAGAUCACCAUCAUGCACUACUGGUUUGGGCAAGCUUUCUUUUACUUCCAGGGAAACUCCAACAACAUAGCCACAGUGGACAUCUCAGCAGGGUUCGUGGGCCUGGACACUUACGUGGAGGCCCCGGCAAUCUUCCUCACGGCCUUCAGCACCUACGCCGGGCCCUUGCUCUGGGCCUGCCACCUGGUCUGCUACCUCAGCCUGGAGCAUGCUAGGAGCACGACAGCCAUGGCCCACGGGUGCUACUGUUUCGCCCUGCUGCGCUCCAUCCCCGCCGCCGCCUAUGUCAUCCUGGUCACGGCUCUGCGCUACCACCUCUUCAUCUGGAGCGUCUUCUCCCCUAAGCUGCUGUACGAGGCCAUGCACACGCUGGUGAGCACCGCCAUGUGCCUCUUCCUGACCGUCAUGGACCAGAACCACGGAGGCAGGCCCUAGAGCCGGGUGGUCCGCCUGAGAUGGUGGCUCUCUAAGUGCUCGGCACUGUUCCCACGAGCCCUCUGGUUCCAUCCCCACGUGACCUGGGUUGUCAUCACGUAGACACAGCCUCUAGACAUCGUACCUUAGUUCUCUCACUUCUUGAAAAGCAAAGAUUAGUUUGCCAAUGCCAGAAGGAGCUGCGUUUCCCUAAUCUAUACUCAAUUACUCUCCGAUGUUGCGGACUGUUUUUGACCUGAAUGAGCGUUUGGUUAAUGAGAUUCAUCUCUGCUGUAUAAUAGUUGAAAGAUUUAUUGAAUCUUUCGAGUCGUCAGCUCUUCGUACUCUAAAAAUUUCUAUUACAUUCCUUUUGAUUCGUAAAAGAUUAUUUAAUUUGGUAUGCUGAGGGAUAUAAAUACCUUUUAUGAACAGAUUAGUAAGAUGGUAAUUGAGGUAUCCAGUAAAAUCUUGAGCGCAAUCCAGAAUAAUAAUGUUUCGGGUCUUUCUAGCCAAAUGGGCGUUCAGUUUUUAGACAUCUGCUUCUUUGCAUAAUGCAGUGUUGAAACCCAGUGUAAACAUGUUUUCAUGCAUGCACUGAAAUGAAUAAUUCAUCCCCUUAUAUGCAUUGUUGGUUCUCUCAUCUAUCCUGUUAGGGGUAGUUCUUGCGUGGUUUCCACAGUUUGCUGUGAAAUGUGAUUUCACAUACAAGCCGCAAAUAAUGGCACCGUACACACGACACGCGCUUCUGCUUCAUAACGUCAAAACGAGGCAUACGGAUUGUUUUCAAUCCUAAAUGUAUAUGCGAUGCCGUGUAGUACAUACAAAGAGAAAGCUUUUGAAAAAUCUUUAGGAAUUUAUUUAAGAAAGACUAUAUUUUUGUGCAUUUAUUUAUUCUAAUGAGAAAUUCAAAAAACUACUUAACUGAGAUAGUUUUUUUUUUUUUUUUUUUUUUUUUUUUGAGUUUACAUCACUCAGUAAAAAAUGCUCUGUUCGACCCAUUGUACAUGUGACUCUUAGGCAGGUGGCCCAGGCGAGCACAAUAGCGAAAGAGCACACCUGCGAUUCGCUGGCCUCGGCAUUAGCUUUAAUCGGCCAGUGGGAGAAUAAACCAUGUUUCUAAUGGUUUUUCACACUGGCUCCCUUAGAUCCUUAAGGUGCUGUCUUUAAAAUGUCUGGCAAGUAGGUGUUCCACUGGGGCCAUCUCCUCUCCCUGGGGAUUAUAGCCCAGAUGAAGGUACCGCAGACCCCAUGGCCAUUCUCCUCGUUGGAAUGAGUGUCACUCUUCUGAUCCCAGCUUCCACUGGGAAGCUGUUCUACUGUCCUAACUUGAAUUAGGAGGCAUUUUGUUUCUGUUAACUUUCAUGUUCCUACUGUUUUUAAUGGUUGUAUUUACUUUCUGUGAAGCCUAUGCACAUUAAUUUAAUAUAUUUUCCAGGUGUGGGUAUCACUGUUGUAUUUUUAGUUUGACCUAAGUCCAGUGUGUUUUAAAUUUGAAAGGGCUAUAACCACUCCAAAGGGGGCACUAAAUACUUUGUCAUUGAUGUAAUGGUUUUUUUUUUUAGGGUGCGUUUUCCAGCCUUGGGAACCCAUGGAAGAAUCUGUUCGAUGCAAACCAAAAUCAAUUAGCAGACGGUUUAAUUUAUCUUGCAAUGUGGUUUUUUGUAAUUUUGUAAUAUGUUUUUUUUCCACCACGUUAAGCAUGUGGUGCAGCCCGUGUUACCUGGUCUUGUUUUAGUUUGUUUGUAGUUUAGUGGGUCCAUUUUACUGGAGUUUCAUAUCUGCAUCUUGAAAGGCCGCCUCAUAGCUCACCCCCAGCUAUUCCCACGCUUCAUUCCCGCUUUUCAUACACUCAGUCGUCACUGUUCACAGCCCAUUUUAAUACAGUUUCCUAAAGACUGCUUUGGGGUUUCCAUGGAGAAAAAAAUACAAAUGUUCAUGUCUUUUUAGCCUGAUGGUACCGCAAGACACUUCCUUGGGCAAACAUAUGGUGUCCUUCAGCCUGAGAACCUCAUCCCAAGAGAACACUACUGUCUUCAAAAGGGGAAGUUCUCCACUCAUUGUACUCACACCACUGUACAUCUCAGUGUUUGUCGCACUCAUUUGCACAUGGUAGUGUCACUGAUCCAAAAGCAGUCAAAGUGUUUGUAUGGCCAUUAUUGUUAGGCCAGUGCUCUCUAGGGUAGAACAAUGUAUACUGAGGUGCUCUCCAGUACAGAGAGUCAUGUUUGUGUUGAAGAAAGAAAGCGAAAGGAGAUCGAAACGGAAAACACUUAUCCAGUUGUCUAAUUAUUCUGAAAGGACACUAGUAAUGGGUUUAUAAAGAGACUACAUCUAAAGAUACAGAGUCCCGUUACUAGAAGAGCAGGGUGAAUGUUCGGCACAGACAAAGUAAGAGUUUUUGAAAUCGGAAACAAAACCGGGCUUGGCCAUCCAACCCUGGAGAGCGGCCUUUUUCCACGUGUCCUCUCUCUCCUUAACUUCUCAUUGUUAGUCUCAAAUUAUUCUGUAGCUUUGAGAGCUUUGUAAAUCACUGUGUCAGAGCUCUUCUGAACUAAGCAGGACCUGUUUCUCAAGCCUUUGGUAUCCUGUAAGAUUUCCGUUAGGACAAAACAUGGUCACAGAGGAUGGUUUUUGCAGCAGAAGACUGAGCUCUCUACUCUUGACCAUGGGGUGUCACUCCCUGGAGCAAUAAGCAGCCUCUUCAGUUGGUCUGCAUCACUUCACAUGGUAAUACUUAUCACCUCCACUUGGCUUUUGUUUGUGUUUGCUUUCAUUUAUCUCAUCGGUUUUCCCUAUUCAUUGUCACUUUUCUUUAUUUUUUGUUUUGUUUUGCUGUUCUACACUGGAACAUGUUGGUAAAGUGUGGAAUAUUUUGGAUCAGAGGUUGAUUUGCAGUGACCAGAAAAACGAUCCAUGUCAUUUCCAGUGAGCUUUACAUCUAAUAUGUCUAAUUUGUUUAAUUUAAUGUUCUCUACGGGCUUUGCUUACCCAGACAGGGGCUGUUUGUGUUGUUUCUGUCCUUUUGUUAUUUUUCAGUUGUUUAUCCCUAUUUUCAAUAAAAUGACUUCGGUAUGCUUGAUUCAAUACCCGCUGUUUCUGAUCAAUGGUAGAAAGAUUUCAGUGUAUACAAGAUAAUCAGUGUUUUUGUUUGACUGAGAAUUUUGAAAGAAGCAAAACUAAAAGAUCUACCUAUACAGACCAUAGUAUUUUUGAAAAUAAAGCAGAUAUUCAUGUAGUGAAAAAUAACAAAUAAAAUCCUAUA